CCCCCACGUCCACGCGGGCUCUGCGCGUCCCCAAGCACGACUCGAGCGGCCCCCGCCCAGGAGCCCCAAGCCGGACCCGCCCGAGAAGGAGAAUGUCCUUCCAAGGCAAGAAGAGCAUCCCCCGGAUCACGAGUGACCGUCUUCUGAUCAAAGGUGGAAAGGUCGUGAACGAUGACCAGUCCUUUUACGCCGAUUUGUAUGUGGAAGACGGUUUGAUAAAACAAAUUGGAGAAAACCUCAUCGUCCCUGGGGGCAUCAGAACCAUCGAUGCCCACGGCCUGAUGGUCCUUCCAGGAGGAGUCGACGUCCACACGAGGCUGCAGAUGCCUGUCCUGGGAAUGACGCCGGCUGACGACUUCUGCCAGGGCACUAAGGCAGCCCUUGCCGGAGGGACCACCAUGAUACUGGACCACGUGUUCCCUGACGUCGGCGUGAGCCUGCUGGCGGCCUACGAGCAGUGGCGGGAGCGUGCGGACGCCGGGGCGUGCUGCGACUACUCCCUGCACGUGGACAUCCCCCGCUGGCACGAGAGCAUCAGGGAGGAGCUGGAGGCCCUGGUCAAGGACAAGGGUGUGAACUCCUUCCUGGUCUUCAUGGCGUACAAGGACAGAUGCCAGUGCACCGACGGCCAGAUGUACGAGAUCUUCAGCAUCAUCCGGGACCUGGGAGCCCUGGCCCAAGUGCACGCAGAGAACGGGGACAUCGUGGAGGAGGAGCAGAAGCGGUUGCUGGAGCUCGGCAUCACCGGCCCCGAGGGCCACGUGCUCAGCCACCCCGAGGAGGUGGAGGCCGAGGCCGUGUACCGAGCUGUCACCAUUGCUAAGCAGGCCAACUGCCCCCUGUAUGUCACCAAGGUGAUGAGCAAGGGAGCAGCCGACGUGGUGGCCCGGGCCAAGCGCAGGGGGGUGGUCGUGUUCGGGGAGCCCAUCACCGCCAGCCUGGGCACUGACGGCUCCCAUUACUGGAGCAAGAACUGGGCUAAGGCUGCGGCUUUCGUCACCUCGCCCCCCAUCAACCCGGACCUCAGCACCGCAGACCACCUCACCGCCCUGCUGUCCAGCGGGGACCUCCAGGUGACCGGCAGUGCCCACUGCACCUUCACCACUGCCCAGAAGGCUGUCGGCAAAGACAACUUCACCCUCAUCCCUGAGGGUACCAACGGUGUGGAGGAGCGCAUGUCGGUGGUCUGGGAGAAGUGCGUGGCCUCGGGGAAGAUGGAUGAGAAUGAGUUCGUUGCUGUGACCAGUACAAAUGCAGCCAAAAUCUUCAAUUUUUACCCAAGGAAGGGGCGGGUGGCUGUUGGCUCCGACGCUGACCUGGUUAUAUGGAACCCCAAGGCCACGAAAAUCAUCUCAGCCAAGAGCCACAACCUGAAUGUGGAGUACAACAUUUUUGAAGGCGUCGAGUGCCGAGGAGCCCCCACAGUGGUCAUCAGUCAGGGCAGGGUGGUCCUGGAGGACGGACACCUGUUCGCCACUCCCGGGGCCGGUCGCUUCAUUCCUCGGAAGACGUUCCCGGACUUCGUCUACAAGAGGAUCAAGGCGCGCAACAGGCUGGCGGAGAUUCACGGCGUGCCCCGAGGCCUCUAUGAUGGGCCAGUCCACGAGGUGAUGGUGCCCACCAAGCCCGGGGGCGGUGCCCAGGCCCGAGCGUCCUGUCCAGGGAAGAUCUCAGUGCCACCUGUGCGGAACUUGCACCAGUCGGGGUUCAGCUUGUCUGGAUCUCAGGCAGAUGACCACAUUGCCAGACGCACAGCCCAGAAGAUCAUGGCGCCCCCUGGUGGACGUUCCAACAUCACCUCGCUGUCCUAGACCUCACGGGUCCGGGCGCGAGCAAGCUGGUGCUGACAGGCGGCCUGGAGACCGCUCACCCUGUUAGCUUUCCCUUUGUUGAACUGACAUUGAAAGGUGCUUGGCCUUCCCUUCCCCUCCCCAGAAACUUGUUUUGGGGGGUCCCAAGUCCUGUUAUGAGGGCUGAAUCUGGGGAGGUAUCACUGCCAGGGGCAGCUCAGGUCGCCUGGGCCUGGGUGCGAGGUGCCUCAAGGAGGCAGGGCUGCUGCCCCACCAGGGCUGUGGGAACCCCGGGGCCCGACAACACGCAGGCUGAAGGGGUGGGGUUUGCCCUCCUCCCUAUGUGCCCGCUGCCCCUCGCAGCCCGGCUCUGCCCCGCCCCCCUGCGGCGCUGCAGCCUGUGUCCACGGCCCCAGCCCGCCCCAGCGCAGGGAGCAGCACCCCGUGAGCGGAGCCCCGUCAGGGCUGCUGGGACUUCAGGGACGCGCUGGGAACAGCACGGUGCGGUUUCGCAGCUGCGUUUACACACUCUGCCAAGGACCAAGCCUCCGCCUGCGUAGUCGCCCGUCUCCAGGGCAAGUUUAGGACCUUUAGCUAGGGUGCCCUCCUUGUUACUAACUGUGCAUCCCAGUAGUGUAUUAGAGCAGCGGUUUUGUGCGGCGAGGACGGCUGCAGCCAGGACUCUGCAUGCCGCCACAGCUCCGACUGGGCGCUGUCGCCAGUCCGGUGGGGACUGGCUCAA